UUACAAAUUACAAUAAUUUAUUUGUAACUCUCUUUCUCAAAUGGCACCUCUUCAAGUUCUUGAAAUAUUUUCCACAUUUUUAUUAGUAAUUUUCAUACAAGUUUAUUUGGGAAAUGCUCAAAAUUUCAUCCAAUCUCGAGCAGCUUAUUAUCCAAAUUCAGAAGAACAAGGAACAGAAACUGGCGCAUGUGGAUUUGGUACUUUUGGAGCAACAAUCAACGGUGGAGAUGUAUCGGCUGCAUCUGAUCUUUAUCGCGACGGUCUAGGAUGUGGUGCAUGCUAUCAGGUGAGGUGUACAAACAGUAAUUACUGUUCAGAAAAUGGAGUUAAUGUGGUAAUUACUGAUCAUGGAGCAAGUGAUAGCACAGAUUUUAUUUUAAGCCAACGGGCUUUUUCACGUAUGGCCCAAACAAAAGAUGCUGCUGCUUCUCUAUUAUCACUUGGUAAUGUGGGCAUUGAAUAUAGAAGGGUUUCUUGUAGCUAUCCAAAUAAGAAUAUCACAUUCAAGAUUGAUGAGAGUAGUGAUAAUCCUUAUUAUUUGGCUUUUGUUAUAUGGUAUCAACAAGGCAAAACUGAUAUUUCUGCUGUUCAAUUGUGUGAGACACAAAAUUUUGUGUGCAAAUUAUUGGAUAGGACACGUGGCGCAGUAUGGACAAGUUCAUCACCACCAAAAGGACAAUUGCAAAUAAGAAUGUUAUUGAGUUCUGAUGAUGGAGAUGAAAAAUGGGUUAUUCCUUUAAAUAAUAUUCCUGAAAAUUGGAAAGCUGGUGAAACAUAUGAUUCUGGAAUACAAGUGGAUUAAUAACGGAGCAGGAACGAGAGGUUGUCCUUUAUGAUCAGUUCAGUAAUUUCGCAAUUAUUAUCAUGUUGCCGGUGAAAAGGCACUAAAUUGGAUAAGCAACUAACAUAAAUUACUAUUGAACAAUACAUUUCGUAGAAUUUGUAAGAAAAAAAUAAUUAUUUUAAUGUUAUUUGUUGAUUAAAUUUGUCUCAUAUAAAAAAAGAGAGAGUAUGUAUAUUGGCUCUUUUCUAAUAAGUGUAGUUGUUAUAAGUGUCAAUUCAAUUACUAUUGUAUUUUUGCCAACUAAUAAAAGUUCAGAUAUUUUGUUGUA